AUUAUGAAAGAGGUUACAGAAAUGAUAGUGAUAAGAAAUAAAUAGAAAUAAAAUUUAUUUCAGUUAUCAGUUGUUCUUUAAGCAACUGUCAAUCGAGAACUCGGAAAAAUUAAAAAAAAAAAAAUUUAUCGUUGCGACAACGGUGAAAAUUUAACACAUUUAUUUUUUAUUUUCAAUUUUUUAUUUUAUAUAGAAAAAUGGAUGAAAUUGAAAUAACUGAAAUUGAUGUAAAGGAUAUACGAUUCCCAACAUCCUUAUUAUCCGAUGGUAGUGAUGCAAUGCACGUUGAUCCUGACUAUUCAUGUGCAUAUGUAACAAUUAAAACCAAUAAAUGUUAUGAGGGUUACGGUUUAACUUUUACUCUCGGUAGAGGAACAGAAAUCGUGGUACAAGCAUGUUUGACUAUGUCAAAAAUUCUUAAAGGUGUGAAGGUUAAAGAAAUUUUUUCAAACUUUGCCGACUAUUGGAGAAAAUUGACAAGUGAAACUCAAAUAAGAUGGAUUGGUCCAGAAAAAGGUGUGACACAUUUAGCAACUGCAGCAAUAAUAAAUGCAUUAUGGGAUUUAUGGGCACGAAUUGAGGAAAAACCUCUUUGGAAAUUGUUAACAGAUCUCUCGCCAGAAGAAUUGGUUUCAACAAUCGAUUUUAGAUACAUAACCGACGUAAUUACAAAAGAAGAGGCAUUAAAAAUUUUACAUGAAAAAAAAUUGAAUAAAGAUAAACGAGAAGAAAUUUUACUAAAAAAUGGAUAUCCAGCAUAUACAACGCAAGUUGGAUGGUUGGGCUAUUCAGAUGAAAAAGUACGUGAAUUGUGUAAAAAAUAUUUAAAACAAGGAUUUACAUCGUUCAAGGCAAAAGUUGGUCAAAAUAUUGACGAUGAUAUAAGACGUUGUCAAAUUAUUAGAGAAGAAAUAGGAAAUAAAAAUAAACUCAUGGUAGAUGCUAAUCAAGUUUGGGACGUUAAACAAGCAAUUGAUUGGAUGAAAAAUUUAAUACAAUUUAAUUUAACAUGGAUUGAAGAACCAACAUCACCCGAUGAUAUUUUAGGACAUGCGACAAUUGCAAAAGAAUUACGUACACAUGGAAUUGGUGUGGCAACGGGGGAAAUGUGUGCAAAUCGUGUUAUAUUUAAACAAUUAUUACAAGCAAAAGCAAUUGAUUUUUGUCAAAUUGAUUCAGCGAGAAUUGGUGGUGUCAAUGAAAUUUUGUCCGUCUAUUUAAUGGCUCACAAAAUGAAUGUUCCAGUUUGUCCCCAUGCCGGAGGAGUGGGACUUUGUGAAAUGGUUCAACAUUUACAAUAUUGGGACAUGAUUUGUCUUAGUGGAACAAUGAAAGACAGAAUGAUUGAAUAUGUCGAUCAACAACAUGAACACUUUGAAAAUCCAACUGUUAUUAAAAAUGCCCAUUACAUGCCGCCAAAAUCAUUUGGUUAUUCGACAAAAUUUAAAAAAGAAAGUAUCAUUAAUUUUGUCUAUCCAAAUGGUAAAGAAUGGCAACGUAUGUUUAAAAAAGGUAUUUUUCAAGCACCGGAUAAUUAG